AUGAACACGCUCAAGAAAGUCGGAAACUACCUUGCUCCUGCUCCAGACAAGUCAGAUGAUGGGCGGGAUCAAUGGCCGUCACGUACGGCCUUCCUACUCGCGAGCAUGGGUGGCUGUGCCGGUAUGGGCAAUCUCCUGCGUUAUCCUUCAGUGGUCUACAACAAUUACGGUCUUCAAUGGUUCAUACCAUAUUUCAUUGCAGUCUUCAUAGUCGCCAUUCCAGCACUGAUCCUGGAGAUCUCCAUCGGCCAGGCAUAUCGAGGUGGGGCUGUAAUCGCUUAUAACAAUAUGAACAAGCGGUUGAAAGGGACUGGCUUGGGUCUCCUCUUCAUCGGCUGGUUCGUCAAUCACUACUUCGUGGUAAUUCUGUCAUGGAUUAUGAACUACUUCCGGAACUCCUUCACGAGUCCACUUCCCUGGACCAAUCGAGGUGAUGAAUUUUAUGCGGAAGUGGUUGGAAAUCCUACUCCUAUCGCUGGAAGCUUGAGUGAGAAUGGUCGCCAGGUUCUUUCCUAUACUUCAUAUCCCAGUACGGCACUUAUCGGCGAAACGGUUGGAUGGACUGCCUUCAUCUGGUUUCUGUGCUGGAUUAGCAUAUUUCGAGGCGUGGGGCUCACCGGUCGUGUUGUUUACUUUACGAUGGGGCUGCCUAUUGUCAUCACAAUUAUUCUCGUCGGCCGUGGAGUGUCUCUCGAAAAUGCUGGUGCUGGCGUGAAGUUAUACUUUGCCACUUGGAGGGGUGCUGAGCUUGCAAAGGGGCAAGUCUGGCAAACGGCUUGUGGGCAGGUCUUCUUCUCUACUGGCGUCGGAUUUGGCUACUUCACGUCCUAUGCAUCCUACAACCAGAAACACUCGAAUGCUGUCAUGGAUUCCAUACUCAUCGUGUGCAGUAACGUUCUUUUUGAAUGCUUUGCAGCAUUCGCUGUGUUCGGCGUUGUUGGCUAUCUGCGCCUUUUUCCAGAAGAAGGUACUAGGCUUGGAAGUUUCGUUGUAGGCUUUCUCACCUUACCUCUUGCAAUCACGGAAAUGCCAGGUGCCAACUUUUGGGCUGUUGCUCUGUUCUUCACACUGGUGGUACUAGGCUACAGUUCGGCUUUCGCGAUGCUUGACGCGAUCGCCACACUCGUGAUGGACUCGGGCACAAGGUUCUCACGUCCAGUGGUUGUCACUGGACUCGUUGUUGUAUCCUUCCUGUGCUCACUGCCCUAUUGCACUGAGUUUGGAUACUAUCUACUUGACGGGGUCGACAGAUGGAUCAACGACGUUUCACUCAUAUUCGUCGUCUUUGCUGAGUGUGUCAGUGCCACUACAGUUUACCGCUGGAAGGACGUCGUGGCAAGUGUAGGAGCCCCUGCGUGGAUCGUUUACAACGCAGGGUACUUUGGAGGCCUCAUCUUCGGUGUUGCUGUUGCACACGCUGUCUCUCCACCGGCCGGUGCUGGCCUUGGCUUUGGCUUAUACAUCGCUGGAUCAAUCAUUUCAACAUUGAUUGGGCGGACGCCAGAUUCUCCGGCACCCAGGUUUUGGUCGAGAAAUGUUUACAUUGCUCGAUUUUGGUAUGUUGCGUUCUACUCGGUAAGAAAGCUAGCCACCGUUUCAUUCUCUCAGGUUGUUAAUGUUCAAACAGGGUAA